CUUAUCAAACUCUCUUCCUACCUUCUAAACAAAAAAUUCUCUUCUUCCCAAGCACUCUGUAAUCGUAAUCAUGGUUUCUUCCGGUAUCGAGCGCAAUCCGAAUUACACAAUGCCUGAAGACCUUGUUUUGUGCCAAGCUUGGAUGGAAGUUUCACAAGAUCCUAUUAUCGGUCGUUAUCAAUCUUCACCAGCUUUCUGUAAAAGAAGGAUAUUCUGCAAAUGGUUUUAUGAUCAAUCGUACCAAUGGCGCCUUGAAGACGAUGGCAAUUUAUCAACCAUUCAUGUCAGAAGUGGUAUUCGGCAUUGAGGGAAGCAAAUGCUAAUCCACCAAGCGGAACUAACCAAGUAGAUGUGGUUAGUCAACUUCUAAAACAUCUAUAUUUAAUUAAUAGUAUAAUUUUAGUGUUCUAAUUUAUAAUCAUGUGUAUUGUUUCUAAUUAAUCGUGUAGACCCGUCAAGCGAAAGCUAUUUUCAAGACGGACACGAAGAAAGACUGGAAGUUGGAAGAAUGUUGGCAACUACUCCAAGACUGUCCAAGAUUUAUGCAACAAUUUUAUGCUCCCGUUGCACCCAUUCCACCAAUGGAUGGAUCUCAAUCGGCUAUGUCAAGUGAUGAACCUGAUAGCCUCGGCGUUCAUGCAGCUGCUGCUCCAAGAGUGAUCAACCGACCCGAAGGUCGAGAUCAACAAAAGAGAAAGAAAAGAGGAGGUGGUGAUUCUUCUGCCAUGGAAGCUUUUCAAAAGAGUUUGACAGACAUGGCGGCAAGUUCGGCAACACAUGCAAAAUUGGUUGUGUGUUUGAUUCACCCUGAGCGAGAAAUCAAUUUCAAAGAGAUCAAAUUAUGUUUGCGUACCAAUCAUCACCAACUUCUACACCACCUGGAGGAUCUUCCAGUAGCCCAUUUGAUGACACUUACACCCCGGACCAGUAGUCUCUAAAAGGUUGUUUGGUUAAUUGUUGAUGUAUGUUUUAUUUUUAGUGUGUUUGAUUUAUGUACUUUCAAUUUACCCCCGAUGUAUCUUUUAUUUUCAAUGUAUCCUUUUUAUGUUUUUGUUCAAUAUUUAAUGCAACAACUUUCUUUAUUAAGAUACUAGAAAAUGGAGAAUACAUUGAUAAUAAAGCA